AUGACCAAGGGAAUCAGCCACGAUCGUCCUGUCACUAUUACCAAGCAAAUUACCCAUGAUCAUCCUCAUGUCACUAAUAAGGACAAGGACAACCAGCCGCAUGAGUAUACCCCUCAGACGACUCGCAUCAACGACAACAACUUUCGUCCGCUCUUCCGGAACUGCUUGGACCGUUUGUCUGCUUCCAAUCCACACGCUUGUGAUCAUGUCUCUGACUGGGAUGUUUCGGGCUUGACCAAUUGCAGCCAUUUCUUUUGGAAGCCAACCUAUGAUGGCAUGAGUGAUUGGAUGCUCAUGAGUCCAGGCGCCGAACUAUUCAAUGUCGAUAUCAGUCGUUGGCAACUCACUUCCU